GAUUGCUCGGGUGGCUUCCGUUGAGAAUCGAUUGGCUCAAGGUAAGAUGGAUUGGUGCUCAUGAUUGAUGUCUGCCUGUUGAACGGCCGUGCUGUGUCCUUGCCCAUUUCGGAGGACACUCGUGUCUCGGAAGUGAAGGUGGCUGCACAGCAGCAGUUCGGCCUGCCCUUCCUGCGCUUGACCAAGGGGGGGCGGUGCCUGGCGCCCAGCUCCUCGCUGCGGAAUGACGAGGUGCGGCCUGGGGACACCUUGCAAGCGGUGGCUGAGGCGGCUCGGCUGGCGGCGACCCAGUCGGCCUUCGCCGUCUUCACGGGAGGAGGCGUGGCCACUUGGGGCGAUCCCGACGAGGGCGGCGACAGCGACUUCGUCCAGGGCGAGCUGCAGGGCGUGCGUUUGAUCCGCGGCGCCGGCGGCGCCUUUGCCGCCGUCUGCGAUGGAAAAGAACUUGGUGCGGUGGUGGCUUGGGGGGACUGGGAUGCCGGCGGCGACUGCUUCUGGGUGCGCGAGCAGCUCACAGACGUCCAAGACAUCUCGGCGUCCAAGAGCGCAUUUGCAGCGCUCCGGGCUGAUGGGACAGUUGUCACCUGGGGCGACCCUGAUGCCGGUGGUGACAGCAGUGGUGUACAAAGCCAGCUGAGAGACGUGCAGCAGGUUUGCGCCUCCAGCCGCGCUUUUGCCGCGUUGAUCGAAGAUGGCUCUGUGGUCACUUGGGGCGAUCCUUUCUGCGGCGGCAUUGGUGUUGAUGUCCGGGAUGUGCGGCACUUGGCGGCAUCCUCUGCAGCCUUUGCUGCUGUUCUUGGCGACGGUUCUGUGACCACCUGGGGUGACCCAUUCAGCGGUGGCGCUGGUGUUGAUGUCCAGGAAGCGCGACAGGUUUGCGAGGUGGUGGCCACUGACAGCGCCUUUGCCGCCAUUUUGGGCACUGGAGAAGUGCUGACUUGGGGCAGGGGUAGCUGUGGAGGUGACAGCAGCCGAGUGCAACACCAGCUGGUGCAGGUCCGUCGGGUGGCAGCCUCCUACGCCGCUUUUGCUGCGGUGAAGGCGGACGGCUCUGUCGUCACCUGGGGGGACCCCAACUGCGGAGGCGACAGCUCUGAGGUGGAGGAGCAGUUGGUGUCGGUGGCAGAGGUGGUGGCCGCAGAGUAUGCCUUUGCCGCCCUGCUGGAGAGCGGACGGGUGGUCACCUGGGGCCGAGCGCACCUGGGGGGCGACUGCAGCCAAGUCCAGGAGCAGCUGCAGAACGUCCUGCAGAUCGCUGCCACCAGCGGCGCAUUUGCAGCGCUGAGAAGUGAUGGAGCCCUGGUCACGUGGGGCAGCCGUGACUAUGGCGGCGACAGCAGUGCGGUGCAGGGCCUUCUGCAGGAUCUCUAAUCGGACCUGGGGAAGUGCUUAGCCGCAUGUGGCGUGGAUUUCGUCUCCGCACGAAGGUCACUGGGAGUCUUGUGAGAGAGACCUGCAACAGGCAAGCAUGUUUGACGUAUCCACGGGGCCCGAGUCGAGUGAGGGAGCAUCGGAGCAAAAUCUGCAGGACUGACGGCAAGCUAAGAGUUACCUGCCAAUCUCCUGGCGCGUGCCAGCGCCAUAGCUGUGCCUCUUGAUACCUGCGCCUCAGGGUGCCCAUGGUCUUUGCUACGAAGUUCAUUCUUUGCCUUUCAGGCCAUGAAGGUCGGUCGCUUCAUCGUUUGUUUCAAUUUGUCCAUCUUUUCCAGGGACAAGUUCGGCCUUGGCGUAAAUGCGCAGCCGGGUCUGAGGAGUUGCAGGCUUCUGCCAAAGACCCCUUGCUCUCUGCAUUCGACCGCGGAGCAAAGGUC